GUGGCUCCCGCCCCCAGACUGCUUCUUUAUUCAUUCCUAACCUUUACCUUGGCAGAUGAAAUAUAAGAUUCAUCAACCACAUUUGACAGUCCAUGGCAGGUUUCCUGUUUUCCAUCGUCCCUCUGCAGGUUACAGACACACAGAACCCAGCUGUGGCAGGCUCAGCCAGGGUCCCCGGCUGCUCACAACGGCUGCAUUCCUCCCCGAGGGCCAAGGGAAGUCCUGAGCGCAGGCCAGGGUUGUUUGGUUUUGAGGUGUGCUGGGAUGAAAGGCACCCUGGAAGUGGAAGUGACUGUCACAGAGGCAUCAGAUAUUCACCAUCUUCUCAACUGCCUCAGCACAGCAAGCUUUAUUCCAGGACCCAAGAUCCUGUUCUGAGCUGGCUCUCCCUUCUCAGGCUCACUCACCCUCCCUUUAGAGGUGGAGAUUACUGGGGGUGGAAAAACGUAAAUGAACAAUGGAAAAACUUCCCAGCAAGAUUAGAAAGAUACCUGAGCCUAACACCCGCCUGAUGUCCUGCGCCACACCUCCGGUUACCAGGGGAAGGGAGGAAGCAAACUGUCACAUUGAUGUGGCUCUAAACAACAACAGUGUGCGAAGGCCCGGGGCACUGUGGGAUUGACCAAGAGGAAACACAGGUUGCACAAUGAUACGAUCUUGUCGGUACAAUUGUCAGAGAAGGGAACUCCCACAGCAAAGGCCAUAAAACCAUCCAGGGCAGUCUGGCGCGGCUCAGUUCUGCGGUACCAGGGAGUGAAACAGAGCCCAGCCCCAUCCCAAACACAGAUGGGACCAUGAACUCCAGAAGCAGCUUCAGCCAGACCCCCUCGGCCUCCUUCCACGGCACCGGAGAUGGCUGGGGCCGGCCCAGGAGCUUCCCCAGGGCUCCCACCGUCCACGGCGGUGCAGGGGGAACCCGCAUCUCCCUGUCCUUCACCACGCGGAGCUGCCCACCCGCUGGAGGGUCUUGGGGUUCUGGAAGAAGCAGCCCCCUCCUAGGCGGAAAUGGGAAGGCCACCCUGCAGAAUCUCAACGACCGCCUGGCCUCCUACCUGGAGAAGGUUCGCGCCCUGGAGGAGGCCAACAUGAAGCUGGAAAGCCGCAUCCUGAAGUGGCACCAGCAGAGAGAUCCUGGCAGGAAGAAAGAUUAUUCCCAGUAUGAGGAAAACAUCACACACCUGCAGGAGCAGAUAGUGGAUGGUAAGAUGACCAAUGCUCAGAUUAUCCUUCUCAUUGACAAUGCCAGGAUGGCAGUGGAUGACUUCAACCUCAAGUAUGAAAAUGAACACUCCUUUAAGAGAGACUUGGAAAUUGAAGUCGAGGGCCUCCGAAGGACCUUAGACAACCUGACCAUUGUCACAACAGACCUAGAACAGGAGGUGGAGGGAAUGAGGAAGGAGCUCAUUCUCAUGAAGAAGCGCCAUGAACAGGAAAUGGAGAAGCAUCAUGUGCCAAAUGACUUCAGUGUCAAUGUGAAGGUGAAUACAGGUCCCAAGGAAGAUCUGAUUAAGGUCCUGGAGGAUAUGAGACAGGAAUAUGAGCUUAUAAUAAAGAAGAAGCAUCGAGACUUAGACACUUGGUAUAAAGAACAGUCUGCAGCCAUGUCCCAGGAGGCAGCCAGUCCAGCUGCUGUGCAGAGCAGACAAGGUGACAUCCACGAGCUGAAGCGCACGUUCCAGGCCCUGGAGAUUGACCUGCAGGCACAGUACAGCACGAAAUCGGCUUUGGAAAACAUGUUAUCUGAGACCCAGUCUCGGUACUCCUGCAAGCUCCAGGACAUGCAAGAGAUCAUCUCCCACUACGAGGAGGAACUGAUGCAGCUACGCCAUGACCUGGAGCGGCAGAACAACGAAUACCAAGUGCUGCUGGGCAUCAAAACCCACCUGGAGAAGGAAAUCACCACGUACCGACGGCUCCUGGAGGGAGAGAGCGAAGGGACAAUGGAAGAAUCCAAGUCGAGCAUGAAAGCGUCUGCAACUCCAAAGAUCAAGGCCAUAACCCAGGAGACCGUCAACGGAAGAUUAGUUCUUUGUCAAGUGAAUGAGAUCCAAAAGCAUGCAUGAAACCAGUGAAAGUUUCUGCCUAUUGUAAAAUCUAUUUUCCCCCAAGGAAAGUUCUUGCCCAGACACCAACGAGUUCUAAAAGAUGUCUUUGGAGUUAUCAGACUCAGAAACUUGUAUUAUUUUUUUCUGUAACAUUCUACAAUCUCACCAGACUUCUCAUAAUGCUCUUAAUAUAUUGCACUUUUCGAAUCAAAGUGUGAGUUUAUGGGUGUAAAGCUCUACUUUCCUACGGCAGCCUUCAGAUUCUCAUCAUUGUGCGUCUAUUUUGUAGCCAAUAAAACUCCUCACUAGCUGCA